AAGUAACAGAAAGCACAUUUGACAAUUAUUUCAAAAUGGAAACAAUUUGAGGCUCCAACUAAAGUUAGCUAGCUUGCUACAUAUCUAUCUAUCCCCCACCCGCCCACUAUAACUUUUUUCAUUUAAAUCCUUAGCUAGCUUCCUCUGCUUUCUUUCAAAUUCAAACUACAUACCCCUCCAUCACUUUAUCUCAUCUUUUCAACUAUUCCUCCAUUAAUCUCACCUGGCCUCACUCUUUAGUCUUUAUCCCUUAGCUCUUCAAGAUUGCAGGAGGCUUAACUGGAAAGAAUAAUAUAAUGACGACUGCAAGGUUUAUCAAGUGUGUUACUGUGGGUGAUGGUGCUGUUGGGAAGACAUGCAUGCUCAUCUCUUACACCAGCAAUACUUUCCCUACUGAUUAUGUUCCUACAGUUUUUGAUAAUUUUAGUGCCAAUGUUUCUGUGGAUGGAAGUACAGUUAAUCUUGGACUUUGGGACACUGCAGGGCAAGAGGAUUAUAACAGGUUGAGGCCUCUGAGUUACAGAGGAGCUGAUGUUUUCUUGUUAGCAUUCUCCCUUAUUAGCAAAGCCAGCUAUGAGAAUGUCUCAAAGAAGUGGAUUCCUGAACUCAGGCACUAUGCUCCCAAUGUCCCACUUGUUCUUGUAGGAACCAAACUAGAUUUACGCGAUGAUAAACAGUUCUUAGUGAAUCACCCUGGUGCCACCCCAAUCACAACUGCUCAGGGUGAAGAACUGAAGAAGAUGAUUGGUGCUGCAACUUACAUUGAGUGCAGUUCAAAGACACAACAGAAUGUGAAGGCAGUGUUUGAUGCAGCAAUCAAAGUAGUGCUGCAGCCACCUAAGCCAAAGAGGAAGCAGCGACGGAAGUCUUCACGGCGUUGUGUCUUUCUGUGAAUCAUUUUCUACUUUACUCUCUCUCUCUAUAUAUAUAUAUAUACUGCCGCUUUUGUAACGCAAUCAAAGGUUAAUUAAAACCCCAUGGCUCUCGUACCUAUUGUUUUUUAAGGUUUAGUACAGUGUAACCACCUUUUAUUUUGUUAUCAAAGUUUAUUAUAGAUAUAUUUUUAUU